AAAAUUAACCAUUUUUUACAUUUUCUCAAAACGCAGCUAUCCCCAUCAUUUUCCUUCCCACCCAACCGCCACUAAUCUCUCUCUUUCUCCCACCAUUUUUUUCCACCACCACAGCGCCAUUUGGCUGCACUCAUUUUUUCUAUUUUCCAUCAACAGCAUCGCGACGCCCAUCUUGAGCAUUACCAAACUGGUAUUAUUCGACGCAGAAAAGUCGUCUGCGUCAUUUUCCGCCAUUGAAUCUUCACCGAUCGCCCUGUUUGGACUCUUAAUCGCGAUUUGAAAAGUUGGCCGAUCGGGCUUUUGGCAUCUGCUUUCCGAUCGGGCGUGAGGAUAUUCGCAACUCUCCAAGGUUCCACUUUGGGAAUUGGCCUGCACCAACGCCUGCAACUGCAGUUCGACCACGCUAGGAUCCACCACCACAUAAAGUCUAGCCGGCCAGGUCACGUUACUUGCAUCAGUACUCAGCCGAUAGGCAGCUGCCGCCACUUGCAAGUUGGAGAUUCCGUCACCAACCGAUUGGCCGUAGGCAAAAAUACCUACUAAGUUACCAACUGACAGGCCAAUUGUCCGAACAAGCAUAUACCCUCUAGUAACAAUCUUGGGUUGUUCGGUCGCAAAAAAAACGCAUCACGUUCUAUUAAUUUACUUUUAAAUGGACCGACAGUUUGUCUUCGAUUGCAAGUGACGCCACCUGAACAAAUUACAAGUACAACGCCAACUUGAACUUGUGCAUCACUUUGUUGUCAGCAAGUCCCAAAACGCCACUGCGGGAUAUCAAGCCAAAACGUUCGCGCCUCUGAGAGCAAUUCUACUCGAGUUGCAACACGGGAGGGGGAACGUGGUGGUCCGAAGGAGGGAACUGGCGCCGGGAAAGUAUGGCCCAGUACAGCUCGUCGCCAUCUCUGUCGUCACCACCUUCAGGUUCAAUAUCAGAUCCCGGCUCACCGUCCCGUCUUAUUCAGGGACGCGCCAACAUCGCCAUGGGCGACGAAAUCGUUGUCGACACCGAGGCCAGGUUCCGCCUGGACUUGGGACAACCGUCAGCACCUCAGGAUAACGUACCCUUGACAGCAGCUGGCGUUCCGCGGAAGAAGCCCGGCCGUAAGCCCGGGGCGGCAGCAGCAGCAAAGAAGGCUGCCGCCACCGAGGAUGGAUCGGCUGCCAGCACGGAUGCCCCCGCUAAGCAGCGGAGGCCGCGCAAGCCCAAGGACCCUAGUGCGCCUACUGUUCAGCGAAAACGGAAACAACCCCCUACCGAACUCGAAGGUGCUCCCGACAAGAGGAGCUCUUCCGCAGGUCUGGACUCUCGCCAGCCAAAGAUCACUGACCUUACCAGUCUUCGCUCGGACCUUGAUUCACCCUCACGGAGCCAACAGUCCGCCCCGCCCCCGGCUCCUCCCAAGGCUCCGGCUCGCAGUUCCAUGCACAGUCUGCUCAACCACGAUGACCCGCCAUCGCCGCAGCACUCACCGCCGCCAGUUAGAAACAGUGGCCAGAGCUACGACCCCGUGCGGUCUUCCAACUACGAUCCUGUCAGGGAGACCAUGGUGGCUCGCGAUCCCUGGGGCACCGGCUCUCUUGGCUCACCCCGCGCACCCACCCAAAUGCAAAAUCGAGCCAGUGCAUCCCCCUCGAUUACCAGUCUCAUCGACCCAGUUCCUUCCUCCUCAGCAGCAGCUCCGCUCAGAUCCCCCUUGCUGCCGUCCAAGCAUGUGUAUGGCAAUUAUCCCGAGUCGAUAUCGGCUCCCACUUCACCAUCGACUGAGAUGAAGGCACCGAUUGUGCCCGCUCCAUCAACCUCUAAGCCGACUCCUGCACCUACUGCCUCGCCAGAGGCACCGGCCCCAGCAUCGAAGGCGGUCAAGAAGGAGUUGGUAGCUUCAGAGGUCACUAAGCCAGCAAAGAGGCAGUCAACGGGUGGUAAGGCUAAAGAUGCAACGUCGUCUGGCAAGGCAACCACAACCAAGUCAGCUAGGACAUCAUUGGCAAAGGCAACGCCCAAGGCUUCAUCGGCAAAAGCAUCAGCAGAAGUCUCCGAGAGCUGUGCCUCGGUUUCUUCCCCAGAGGAAGCAGCUCCGCCGGCACCUACGUCUGCACCGAGCAAGAAAAUCACGUCGGUAGCUCUUCAAGAGCGCAAGCAACAGAAGGUUGCGAGCGCGACAUCGUCACCAAGGAUAUCUGCACCGGUCAAGAUGCCUCCGGUUCCAGACUUCCCAGAUGAGGAUAGCGAACGAUCGAUCCUUGACUUUGGCAAGAUCAACCCUGCGGACAAGAAGGCGGCGCCAUCGAUUGUACUAUCCAUACCGUUGCGUGGGGAGUCGAACAAGUACGUCAACUUUAUGCGCAUGGCAGAGGACAAGUACGGCUGGGAUGCCCUGCACCCCCGUGAGGCCGCUCACCGCGACCGCAAGGCUCGCAUAGCUGCUGCCGCGUCCGCACUCGAGAAGAACGUGUCUGGUCGUGAGACGGGUGACGAGGAGACGGACAAGGAAUCAGAUGGCGACAACAGCGACGCCGAGAACAAGGGCGGCAACGGGGCUGCUAGUGCUGGGGAAGCCGGUGCUGACGCUGCUAGCGGAGCUGACGGCGCGCCGAUGAAGAAGCAGCGCAGGAAGCGCAACUGGAGGGAGGAUGAAUACGACAAGGAGGACGACUUUGUUGACGACUCGGAGAUGCUGUGGGAGGAGCAAGCCGCGGCUAGCAAAGAUGGUUUCUUUGUCUACUCGGGCCCGCUCAUCCCCGAGGUGGAAAAGCCAGCACCAGGAUCCGAGGGACCUGCUAAGCGCGGGCGCGGAGGUGGACGAGGCAGUCGGGGCGGUGGCCGUGGUGGGGCGACACGCGGCGGCACGACGACUGGAAGAGGCCGUGGUGGUGGUCCAGGUUCCAGAGGCGGUCAGAUUCGCAAGCCGCGCGCUACCAAGGCCGAAAAAGAGCAGGCAGAGCGAGAAAAGGCCGAGAAGCUAGCCCAGGACGGAUCUACCAAGACGACCAACGGCUCUCUCGGUUAUGACCUCAACCCGGCAGGCACCAAUCCACAGUUCUCGGGAAUGGUCAUUGACCUCUGAGAUGAACGAUAUCUUCUGGAAAAGUGCGAACAAUCAAGUGUCAACCUUGUACGGCUCGUCUUUUGCGGUUAUUUUCAAUUGCCACAAUACCCAUGUUUUUUUAGCUAGUCGUCUGUGGGGGUUUGGCUGGAAUGCUUUCAAGUUUGGGGGGGAUUUUGGUUGAUAGAACCCCUCUGUGUUUGCGAUCGAAGGGCGUUAUUGGAGCUUUGCUGGUUACGUCUGCAUGACCCUGUCCUACUAUUUUGAUUUGUUGUGGGAAAGAUAUCUUGAUUCCAGUUGCCAUCAUUGAUGGCCUUCCCGGGUUAUUUCAUCUGAUAUUAUUGCAGACAAGCGGGCCUUUAUUUAUUUUGUCUUUUUAUUAUUUUCAGGUCGUUGCCAGUGCACGGUUGUGUAAGCUGUUGUUUCGUGUUUGUUACACGGCACACAAGAAUCGGGACUGGAAUGAGGAGGAAUAGUUGGUGGACCAUGUACAUGGAGAGAGAGAGCGUUACCCUGAAAAGAGAUAUGGGUGAAGAGUACACGGAAAAACUUGGGAUGGAAGGCGUACUGGAAGGAACAAAGAAGGGCAACAAAGGAAGACAGGCGCAAAGGUUACAAGGCAUUAUUCACUACCAGGUAACUACCUAGGUACCUACCUACAGUGGCUCGAUUAAUAGACAUUAUAAAAAUAAACCAUGAACGCG